AUGCCUGCAACGGGUCCAGGAUUGAAAAAGAUACCACCUUACUGGUACCCUUAUACCACUUACGCAAAGCAAAGAUGGAUAGGACGGGAACUACUGGAAGUUGUGUCAACAGAGUUUCGAGAUCGGUCCAUGGAGUACUAUAGAUAUGCGCUAGAAUCCGGAGUCACGACCAUCAAUGGCCAAGUCGCAAGCCCGAAUCACAUAAUACAAAACGGAGAUCGUAUGGAAAAUGUUGUACACCGGCAUGAGCCACCCGUGACAGCUACGCCCAUCAGAAUUUUAUUGGAGGACAAGGAAAGGGAAUUCAUCGUUGUAGAUAAACCCGGAAGCAUACCUGUCCAUGCCUCGGGAAGAUACCACCGGAACACGCUAGUCGCCAUCCUGAUGAGUGACUUUGGUUACGAAAAGGUCUAUACUGUCAAUCGGUUGGAUCGACUAACAUCUGGCCUGAUGAUUCUCCCUACUUCUUCUGAUUGUGCUCGGAGACUCACGAAAGAAUUCGUAUCGGGUACUGUGCGUAAGGAAUACGUGGCACGAGUCAACGGCCGAUUUCCAGACGGGGACGUAAUCUGCGAACAGCCAUUAUUAACGGUUGAUCGUCAAAUGGGCCUAAAUAUUGUUCACGAAGAAGGUAGAAAUGCUAAAACCAUCUUCAAUCUUAUCCGGUAUGAUGAGAAUACCGACACUAGUGUGAUACUCUGCAAGCCGACGACUGGCCGCUCGCACCAACUCCGAGUUCACCUUCAAUAUCUCGGCCAUUCUAUUUCUAAUGACCCCGUGUAUGGAGAUCGAAGAAUCUGGGCGAGUAAGAUGGGUAAAGGAGGAAUAGACACUAUACCCAGUGACGAACGUACCGCGCCUGCACCACCUCCACAUCUUGCCAAUAUUCAAGACAAUCCCGAAUCUCUACUUCGUGAAUCUCCGCAAGAUGACAUCGAAGAUAUAGAGAAUGUGUUAACAGCUCCUACCAAAUUGCUACCGAGGGAGACGGGUGAAGAUAUUGGUAUGGGAUCUCCGGUACCGUUGUCCAGCGAAGCGGUAGGCGUUAUAACGAGAUUAAGGAACAUGAAGGACGAAGCAGAGGACUGGAGCCGUUGGAGAGACGUCAUUUUUCGUGCCAAGGGCACACUACGAGCCCCUCGGGAUUUAGCUUUGAAGAAGCCACCACCAGGCAACAAAAAACAGAAAAACAAGGGCGAAUUUGUCAAUGAGCAAUUGAACGCCGCUAUGAAGGGCAUCGAUGUCAAUGAUGAAUUCCCGCCUGUACAGCUCACCACCCCGGAAGCCGUAUCCAUCGCAGGCGAAUUAAUUGCCGCCGCCUCUGAUGCCAAUGCUGGUCCAGAGCAGUUUCCUCAAGGCCCAGCAGCCGACCCAAACGAAAAGCAAUCGUAUUGCCCUGAAUGUUACCUCCCGCUGCAUCCAGACCCAGUUCCAGAGAAACUAUAUAUUUUCCUUCAUGCAUUAAGGUAUACGACGAGUUUGGGGACGUUUGAGACGGAGAUGCCGGCGUGGAGUGCAGAGGGAUUUACUUGGGAUAUGAGUUAG